AUGCUCGAAUUCGAUCCUAAAAGUCAUCAACAUCAGAGGUUCAAUCCCCUGAAAGGUGAGUGGGUUUUGGUCUCGCCGCAUAGAGUGAAUCGACCAUGGAUGGGACAACAAGAAACCUGUCCAGAAUCUGGACACAAAAAGGUUGAACAGACUUUGCAGAAUCCCCUGUGUCCUGGGGCCGUUCGGCCAAAUGGUCAAGUGAAUCCGAAUUAUACUUCCACCUUCACUUUUCAAAAUGAUUUUCCUGCUUUGAUUGAUCAAGAGUUUUUCUUUGAACAAAACGGCGAAGAUGAUGAUCUCUUCAGACGAGAGCCUGUUACUGGAAGUUGCCGAGUUAUGUGCUUUCAUCCCGAUCCAAACAUGACCCUUCCACUCAUGAGUGUUUCAGAGAUCUCUCAGGUGAUCAGACAAUGGAAAGAAGAGCUGGUUGAUCUUGGAGAAAAGUUCAAUUGGGUCCAAAUAUUUGAAAACAAGGGGGACAUUAUGGGGUGCUCUAAUCCGCAUCCUCAUUGUCAAAUCUGGGCGUCGUCCUUUUUGCCAACUGAACCCAGGACCAAGGAUGAGCAGAUGAAGAAGUACUUUGAGAAGCAUCAGGAACCGAUGCUUGUUCGUUAUGUUGAGAAAGAAUUGCAAAAGAAGGAAAGAAUCGUUUUGGAAAACGACGAUUGGGUCGUCUUGGUUCCCUAUUGGGCCUUUUGGCCCUACGAAACAAUUGUGUUGCCAAAGAAGCCGGAAAGGAACAGUUGCAUAAAAAGGUUGACUGAUUUAAAAGAAGAUGAAGAAACUUCGUUGGCUGAUGCGAUGAAGCGUUUGACUGCGAAAUAUGACAAUUUAUUCAAGUGCUCGUUUCCUUAUUCAAUGGGCUUCCACGGUGCCCCGACUGGAUCAAGACUAAAUUCUGACAAUGAUCACUGGACCCUUCACGCCGUCUAUUAUCCUCCUUUGCUUCGUUCAGCGACUGUCAAAAAAUUUGUGGCUGGGCAAUUAUUGGCUCAACUUCAAAUUGACGUUUCACCGGAACGGAGUGCUUCGAUUUUGAGAUCUUUGCCAGAGAUUCAUUACAGGAAUCAGUGA